CGGACGAACAUGUACUGUCCAUGUCGACACGCCAUCGGCUGCAGAGCAACACCUCCCUGAGACAUAACACACCAAGAUUGGACUCGAGUUUGUACAGCUUUUAAGGAAGAAGACCGAGCCCCCCCACCCACCCCCCUCCAGCACCAGCAAUGCCUUUUCUGAAGAAGCUGCCAGGGCGGUCAAAGGGUUGCCACAACAACAAAGGCCUAGGAGGUGGAGGAGGAGGAGGAGGAGGUGGAGGCCUCGUGGAGCAGCAGACUACCAGUGGCACCCUCAAUCCCUUCGAGGAAGUGGACCUUCAACAGCAGCAGCAGCAGCAGCAGACCCACACAUAUUUUCCAGAGGAAGCCUUGGCCCUGGAGCGGGCCCAGCAGCGACAUUGUUCCUUCGACAGCGAGCCGGAGGAGAAUGGCGGAGGUGGAGGAGGAGGAGGAGGAGGGUCAAAGGGCAGGGGCACACUGGUGCGUCUCUACAGCUCGUCCCCGCUGAAGACACUGGGGAAGUUGGGGAAAGAGCUGCGCAACACGGCCCGCAACAAGUGGGGCGCUGGCAGCAACGGGCCCAGCUCCCGCAGCUCCACCCUGCCCAAUGAGAAGAGGCGGAACAGCCGCAGGGGGUCGGAGGAGAUCAUGAACCUGCUGAGAUUUAGUCUGGCCAGCCUCCGCAAGGACUCCACCUGCAGAGACAGCAUCCACGGCGACCCCAGCAUCGAGAUAGACGACAACGAUCGCCGACGGCCGUCCUUCCUGCGCAUCGUGAGCCUGGGCAAGCUGCGGCGGGAGUCCAUGAUAGAUCGUAUCUCCCAGGAGUCCCUGGAGGAGAGAGUGGAGACCCCGCCAGAGGUCAAGCCCAGGGAGCCCCUCUCAGUCCUGGAGAUCCUCCGCCUGGUGAACCAGCGGAACCUGCUCCUGGCCGACACGCACAUCCAGGAGCUGGAGCGGGAGUGCGAGCUGGACCAAAACAACGGCCCCAGCAUGGCGGCCCUCACCUCCCGCCGCUCCAGCGCCAUGUCGGCCGGCAGCGGCGCCGAGUCCACCAUGUCGGCCACCUCCUCGGGCCUGUGGCUGGGGGGCGACUCCGUGGGGGGCCGGCGCAAGGCCAAGGACGUGGAGCUGCUCUAUGAGGCCCUGCAGCAGGAGAUGUGGGACGUGGUGCGGGAGUCUCUGCGGCAGCCGUGCGCCGGGCCGCAGCUUGGCCUGGUCGUCCUGGUGAUCCAGCAGGAGGAGCAGGCGGACGCCGCCUGGAUCCAGCGCGAGAAGGACUGCUCCCUGCCCGAGAGCAUCCACCGCGAGCGGGACUCCAGGCCGCGGGGGCUGAUGAGGCGCUGGCAGGAGGCGGUAGGCGAGGCGGCGGACUGGUCCCUGCCCCAGCCGGGGGGCAUCUCGGCGGGCCAGCUGGCCGGGUUCCUGGAGCGGCUGAGCGGGCGGGUGCUGGAAGACCUGGACGCGGCCAAUAGGAACGUGGUGGCCAUCUACCCCGAGGAGUUCGGGGCGUUCCAGGUGUACGUGCGGAGCUACCACCGGGCGGUGGCGUCCAGGCUGAAGACGCUCACCAGCGGGCCGCUGCAGAUCACAGACACCUACGCCCUCCUGGACUGGAUCUACAACAUCUACAGCAGGGAUGUGCUAGGACCAGUGGGGAAGAUGGCCCCAGUUGACUGCACACAGUUAGAGCCGCUGCUGCCCCCCAAGUGUAUUGACAGACUGGAGCAGGACUGUGUCAAUACUGUCAAGGACAAAGUUAGCAUCGAGCUCUCACAAGUACUGGAGGACGAGGAGAGAAGAUGGGCCCAGUCUAUGCACAUUGAGGAGUACCAGUCCAACCUUGCACGCUCAGUCAUACAGCGAUUGAAAAUAGACAUCGAUAGAUCCACAGCCAUCAACGAGCAGUUGGGAGCUCGGGUGGCCCGCUGCACUCUCAGUGGCCUAGCAGACUUCCUGCAGAGGUAAGGGGCCAUCACACAGGACCUUUU